AUAUUAUAUAAUACAAGUUGGUGCUUGAAUUUAAGUUAUUGAGCUUUUGUUUUAAAUGAAUGCGAGAAACACAAUGACGUUUUAUUAACCCGGAAAUAACAGUCAGUAAUACAGCUGAGAGAGAGGGAGAGCGAGAGAGAGAGAUAGAGCGAUCCAAACCCUUCUCCCUGGAGCUUAUAGCGUGUUACCUGGACUCCAUACGUGUUUUUCAGCAUUUCACAAUCAAAGAGUUUUAGUAUUUGAGUUGGAUUGCGACCUUGGCCGAGUGCCUAGGUAGGCCUCCCUUCUGUCACCUCCUCUGCUUUACUGCUGGUACAUUGUCAUGGGGAACCUCCUUAAAGUUUUGACAUGCACAGACCUUGAACAAGAGCCCAACUUUUUCCUCGAUUUCGAAAAUGCCCAGCCGACAGACGCAGAGCAGGAGACGUGGGAAGAGGUGGAUGUGGUCCUGAAGGAUGCACGGGGAGUACUUGACGAAUUGCAGGCGUAUAAAGGCGCCGGGCAAGAGAUACGAGAGGCAAUCCAGAAUCCCAAUGAAGAGGCAUUACAAGACAAGGCAUGGGCUGCUGUGGUGCCUUUAGUAGGCAAACUAAAGAAGUUCUAUGAAUUUUCACAGAGAUUAGAAGCAGCGCUACACAGUCUGUUAAGAGCACUCACAAGUGAAAAAUAUGACGACCCAAUGCAGCACCUGGAGAGAGAACAGGCCCUUGCUAAACAGUUCGCUGAGAUCCUGCACUUCACACUCCGCUUUGAUGAGCUUAAGAUGACAAAUCCUGCCAUUCAGAACGAUUUCAGCUAUUACAGGAGAACCCUGAGUCGCAUGAGGAUCAAUAAUGUUCCUGCUGAGGGAGAAAACGAGGUGAAUAAUGAACUAGCCAAUAGGAUAUCUCUAUUUUACGCUGAUGCCACACCCAUGCUGAAGACAUUAAGUGAUGGCACAACAAAGUUUGUAUCUGAGAAUAAGAACUUGCCCAUUGAAAACACCACAGAUGUAUUAGGCACAAUGGCAAGCGUGUGCAAAGUUAUGUUGGAAACCCCAGAGUAUCGUAGCCGAUUCAACAGUGAGGAGACCGUUUCCUUCUGUCUGCGUGUCAUGGUGGGGGUCAUCAUCCUUUACGAUUACGUCCAUCCCGUCGGCGCAUUUGCGAAAUCCUCCAAAAUAGACAUGAAAGGCUGUAUUAAAGUGCUCCGAGAUCAGCCACCAAACAGUGUGGAAGGUCUACUAAAUGCUCUCAGGUACACAACAAAACAUCUUAAUGAUGAGUCAACCAAUAAGACCAUAAAAAGCAUGCUGCAGUAGCAACAAGCUCUGGGACAUACACGACUGGCCUCAAGUACAUGCUCAGGAGAUGCACACACACUCUCUCUCUCUCUCUCUCUCUCUCUCUCUCCUGGACUAAAGCGAUGCACAGAAUGUUUUCCUUUUUUAUUAAACAGAAAAGAAUCAGACAAAAGCUUCUCUAUCCUUUCGUUGUCUUUUUACAAAGCAGAUGCUACUGGCGUUAUGUGUGGUUUUCUGUGCCAAAAUGGUUUUGCUGAAUUCCUUGUUUUUAAUAUUUCUGAAAUACAGCCAUGCUACUGAUGGCAGCUAUGAAAGCAUUGUUAGAUUAUAUUUGUGGUUAUUGUGUUAAUUUAGCUUGUUUCCCAAUAAAGGGAGGGUGAGUGUUUUGACUUGAACAUAAAAAUAUCUAUAUAUUAUCUAUAUGAUCUAGAAAUACACAUUAUAUUAAAAGAGAGAAAUAUAUUAUUUUUGUUUGAAUUAAUAUUUAAUGUUACAUCCACUGCAUGGCAACCUGAUUACAUUUCUUCAAUUUAAAAGUUUCAAAUUCAUUUGUCUGCUUGAUUGUGUGUAAAAGGUGUUUGAAUUAAGUUUUGAACUUAUAAUGGUACUUGCAUAUUAAAAAGUGGAGAUUAAUUGAUAGAUCUUUUCAAGUUUUAUAUUUUUUAUAGUUCUUGAUUUAUGUAUUUUUUUCUUAGGUGUUAUACAUUUCUGUUUUGUUCUUUUCUUGUCUGAAAACUAGCUUUCAAAAACUGUGAUAGGUUGUAAUAUGUUGUGUCAGAUGUGAUGACAAUAUGAUCUUGAGAUUAAAUAAAAUGCUUUCAUUUUUUUAUAA